AUGAGCAGGUCUGGUCCUGAGGAUGGAGCUGCUGCCUACAACAUGAGUCUCUCUGAGGAACAGCACACACACCAGGCACAGGGAGAGGAGGAUGCGGUGAAGAGAUGUAAACAGAUUUGUGUGCAGAAAAAUAAAGCCUUUCUGAAGAAAAGGGUUCAGUGUUUGACUGAGGGAAUCCCCAAACAGGAUAACCCCACACUCCUCAAUGAUAUCUACACAGACCUCUACAUCACAGAGGGGGGGAGGGGAGAGGUCAAUGCAGAACACGAAGUCAGACAGAUUGAGGCAGCAGCCAAGAGAUCAGAUGCAUAUGACACACCAAUCAAAUGCAAUGACAUCUUUAAACACUUAGCUGGACAAGAGAAGGAUAUUAGAACUGUGCUGACAAAGGGAGUGGCUGGCAUUGGGAAAACGGUUUCUGUGCAAAAGUUCAUUUUGGACUGGGCUGAAGAAAAAGCCAAUCAAGAUGUCCACUUCAUAUUUCCUCUUCCCUUCCGUGAGCUUAACUUAGUGAAGGAGGAACAUCUCAGUUUAGUGGGUCUGAUUAAACGAUUCUUUGGUGACAUCCAUGAUUUCAGCAUUUUCACUGAUGACAAAUGCAAAGUGUUGUUCAUCUUUGAUGGUCUCGAUGAGUGUCGGAUUCCUUUGAAUUUCAACUCCAACCCAAAGUGUUGUGAUGUAACAGAAGCAACCACAGUGUCUGCUUUGCUGACAAACUUCAUCAAGGGGAAUCUUCUUCCCGCUGCUCUCCUGUGGAUCACCUCCAGACCAGCAGCAACCAAGCAGAUCCCUCCUCAGUGUCUGGACCAGGUGACAGAGGUACGGGGGUUCAAUGACCCACAGAAGGAGGAGUACUUCAGGAAGAGAAUUAGUGAUGAGGACCUGGCUAAUAGCACCAUCAGCCACCUGAAGUCAUCCAGGAGCCUCUUCAUCAUGUGCCACAUACCUGUCUUCUGUUGGAUUGCAGCCACUGUGAUAGAGAUAAUGUUGAGGGAAAGAAACACAGAUGAGAUUCCUAAGACUCUGACUCAAAUGUACACACACUUCCUAAUGAUUCAGACUGAAGUCAAACAGAAGUACACAGAAGGAAAAGAGACAAAAGAAGGGAUGAUUUUCAAACUGGGGAAACUUGCUUUUCAGCAGCUGCAGAAGGGCAAUCUGAUCUUCUAUGAAGAGGACCUUAGAGAGUGCGGCAUUGACAUCACAGAGGCAUCUGUGUACUCUGGAGUGUGCACCCAGAUUUUCAAAGAGGAGGCCGGGCUGUACCAGGGGAAGGUGUUCUGCUUUGUGCAUCUCAGCAUUCAGGAGCAUCUUGCUGCAUUAUAUGUGCACCUCACUCUCAUCAUCCACAAGGAAAAUGUUCUUAACCCAAAUACCCCAAGGCCAGCCACAUUUAAAUCCAAGCUUGCUCGGUUCUUUAGGCCUCCGGUUGUGUCUGAUGCAAAUGAGGGUGACAAAGUGUCUGUCUAUGAGCUGCACCAGAGAGCAGUAGAUCUGGCCUUAACGAGUGACAACGGGCACAUGGACCUUUUCCUCCGUUUCCUCCUAGGCCUCUCACUGAAGUCCAAUCAGGAGCUCUUGAGAAUUCUACUGCCACAGGCAACCAUACAAUCACAGAACACAGAUGGAACUGUCAAGUAUAUCAAGAAAAAGAUCAAGAAGAAUCCCUCCUCAGAGAAAUGCCUGAAUCUCUUCCACUGCCUCAAUGAGCUGAAUGACCAGUCCCUAGUGGAGGAAAUCCAAAGCUACCUGAAGACAUCAGGAGGUCUAAAGGGAGCCAAACUCUCCCCUGCACAGUGGUCAGCUGUGGUGUUUGUGCUGCUGACCUCAGAACAGGAGCUGGAUGUCUUUGACUUGAGUAAAUAUGGCGGAUCAGAAGAAUGUCUGCUGGGUCUGAUGCCUGUGGUCAAGGCCUCCAGAUCAGCUCUGCUGUACAACUGUAACCUGACAGAGAAAAGCUGUUCCUCUCUGGCUUCAGCCCUCAGCUCAGGCUCAAGUCUCAGACAGCUGUACCUGAGUUACAAUAAUCUGCAGGACUCUGGAGUGGCACUUCUUAGUGCUGCAUUAGGAAAUCCACUCUGUCAACUGGAGACACUAGAGCUGUGGGACUGUAAGCUGACAGGGAAAAGCUGUUUCUCUCUGGCUACAGCCCUCAGCUCAGGCUCAAGAGUCAGACAGCUGGACCUGGGUUGGAAUAAUCUGUAUGACUCUGGAGUGGUACUUCUUAGUGCGGCAUUAGGAAAUCCACUCUGUCAACUGGAGACACUAGAGCUGUGUGGCUGUAUUAUGACAGAGAAAAGCUGUUCCUCUCUGGCUUCAGCACUCAGCUCAGGCUCAAGUCUCAGACAGCUGGACCUGAGAAACAAUGAUCUGCGGGAAUCAGAUGUUGAGUCUCUCUCUGUGCUUCAGAGGAACCCAGGGUGCAAACUUCAGGAGCUAUGGGCAGUUGGAGUCCAGGGAAGACUGGAGGACAUCCAGGAGAGACUGGAUGACAGCAGGGAAAGACCGCACCGGGCGUGGGCGGCUAGUUACCCAACCCAUAGCUCCCUCAUUAGAGGGAAGCCCAACCCCAACUACGAAGAAUCAUAA